UGAAAACAAUUAAGGCAAAAAAUGUGUAUUAAAUGCAGGGGAGUGUCCGGAGUUACAGGUAAGUGGGUGCCCAACCGAGUGAACACGGCAGAUAAAAUAACUCGGGACGACCCAACUCGCCUGUCUCCUGCAACUCGACACCACGUAUGUACCUUCCACGUGGGGGUGGGUGCAGCCUCUCUGAAAACAACCCACCACCCCUUUCUUCUCUCUCUGUACAAAACAAAUGCUAUCCUCCACUUACUAUCCGACACGACACCCCCGUACCCCUUCUGCUUUCUGAUAGAAUAAAAUCAUCACUCUCCCUUUUUAUAUUUGUUCAGUCACCCAAAUAUAUAAAUCAUUUUUAAAUAUAUAUGUAAACCAGAAAAAGAAGUCAGGCGCCGCUCAUUAGCGCCGUACACAAGUGUAGGGCUUACGUCACCCAGGCGCGGAGAGUAGUCACAUGACAGCCCCUGCGACACGUCUAAUCAGGCGGCGGCUCUGCUCCUCUGCGGCCCCACCUCUCCUCUACUGCUCACGUGUACCAUCCUCCUCUGCUGUGGACCCUUGGAUUGUGCCUCGCAUCACUAGUGGGAUUAUGAUGAGGAUCCGGUGGUUGAGAGAGUGUGGAGAUGUUAGUCAGUUGGAGAGAGGGGAUUAGAUUUGGGGCUUUGAUUUGUUUAUUUAAAGGAGAGGCCUGGCCGUCCAGCCGGCGAUUACGGGAGACUGAGUGGGGCCCUCUACUUUUUAUACACACAGUUCUCUCGUUCUUUUUCUUCCUCUCUCUCUCUCUUUCCCUCUCGGAGCUCCUCCCUUUCUCUUUCUCUCUCUAGUGUUGAAGAGUUAGUCUCUCUGCUUCACUCAUGGCGUCUUCUCGUGAGGGCCACUACAGAGGAGUGAGAAAGAGGCCAUGGGGGAGAUACGCAGCUGAGAUACGCGAUCCUUGGAAGAAAACCAGAGUCUGGUUGGGCACUUUCGAUACGCCAGAAGAGGCUGCUUUAGCCUAUGAUGGUGCAGCUAGAUCCCUCAGAGGAGCCAAGGCCAAAACCAACUUCCCCGCACCCGCCACUGCUUUAUCACUCGACCUCAACGCGCCAUCCGACCGCUGGAGCUCGCCCUCCGGCCGCCUCGUACUCGGUGAGUUUCUGCAGACGGGUGUUCUCAAAGACAUGAGCUGCGAGGGUGGUCCCUCCGCCAAAUCUGACAGUACUGUUUCCGUCGCGGUUCCGGCACCGGAAGUCCCUACUCCGGCAUCGUUUUUUGGGAUUGUCCGACGUGGGUUGCCCAUCGACUUGAACGAGCCUCCACCGUUGUGGCUGUGAUGAUAACUCUCCCUGACCAUGUAGCAUUUUAACGGAGUCGUUUUGAUCUGUAAUCUCUGUUCUAUUUUCCUGGCGUUUCGUUUUUUCAUAUUUUCCUUAAGAGAGAGAGCGAACAACCAAUUUGAAAGAGUUAGAGACGACGAUAUCAUAUCAUAUCAUAUCAUAUGUACAUAUAUGUUUUUGUAUUCACUUAUCACUCAACACUAAAA